GCGCACAGCGCGCACAACAACAGCAUCUUCUCCAGCUCCAGCUCUACAUUGCACUGCGCUGUCAGGCAGCGGCGCGCAGUGUAAAGGCGCACGACACGGGUGUGCGAGACGCAUGAGAGGCAGGACUAAUUUGCUAUUAUCAGAUGUGCCACAAGAAUGCGCUGCGUUGCCGCUCUUGCUCUGUGGAGGCAUGCAGCAGCGCGCAGGACCAGUGCCAGUUCAGACUGAGUGCGAGGACUCCCUCUGCUCCACGCCUCCUCGCCGUAUAUCACCACUGUCCGGAGCUCCAGGACUCAUUCAUCCUUCUCAGCCUACUUCGAACCGGGCUCUGUGUCCACCUCCAUCCUGUCGCUCCAUCUCCACGCAGUUGCAGCGCCUCUUUUUGUGAACCAAAGUGAAGGUCAGAACCGUGUUUUUCAGAAGAGGACCCGCCAGUUUUGAUUUUGCCACAGGUUCACGCUCGUCAUAUCAGCCAGUCUUUUACACGGGACUUCACUAUUACUGAUACGGCUUCCUGGGGCAAUGGAUGGGUGACUUUGCUGUGAUCUGAUUGGCUAGUCAGACCUCUGAGUACUUUCUGGUGCAAGUGGCAGUGAUGGCCAAGAGUCCAGAGGUGAAGCUUGCAGUUUUUGGGAGAGCGGGAGUUGGCAAGUCUGCUCUGGUGGUGAGAUUUCUGACCAGGCGCUUCAUCUGGGAGUACGACCCCACCCUCGAGUCCACGUAUCGGCAUCAGGCCAACAUUGACGAUGAGGUGGUUACUAUGGAGAUCCUGGACACAGCAGGACAGGAGGACAUCCAGCAGAAGGAGGGUCACAUGCGCUGGGGGGACGGCUUCAUUCUGGUCUAUGACAUCACAGACCGGGGCAGCUUCGAGGAGGUGGCCCCCAUUCGAACGCUUUUAGAGGAAGUCAAAAAACCCAAGAAUGUCCCGCUGGUUUUAGUGGCCAACAAGUCUGACCUGGACCACAUACGGCAGGUCAGCACGGAGGAGGGCGAGCGGCUGGCCUCGGAGAUGGCAUGUGCAUUUUACGAGUGCUCGGCGUGCGCAGACGUAGGAGGCGCUGUGGCGGAGGCAUUUCACGAGCUCUGCAGAGAAGUGAGGAGACGUAAAGCUGUGCAGGGGAAGGCACGGAGACGCAGCUCAACCACUCACGUCAAACAGGCCAUAAACAAGAUGCUCACCAAGAUCAGCAGCUAGGACUGGGACUGCACACAAGAGACACUGCAGGGUUCCCACUAAACUAAUAUAAGACAUGUACUUCAAAUGUAGGUUUAUUAUUGUACGUGGGUGAUAUGACAUACACAAUCAUAUUAGGAUUUUAUGCUUCUUUACAAUAUAGCUCAGCAGUGACCGCCCACUUACAGGUUCUGGAAGUAAAUUACCAUUUACUUUUCCAUAUUACAAGUUUGAAAGCAUGUGGUAACUAAUAACAAAACCUACAACUACAUUUAAAGUCUGUUUGUGAAACUUUCUAAACCAGUAAUUUAUUGAAACAGCUCUUUUCAACAACCAUGUAAAGGACGAAAGUAGGUAGCUGUCCCAGGUAGCUAUGGUGCCAGAAAUAACUUGAACACUACUAAAGCAUGAAUGAAAAAGAGUGGACCAAAAUAUAUAUUUUAGCUAAUGCACCAGUUAUGUGUGUUAAAGGUUUAAAUUAAUGCAUUAUUAGAUUAUUUAAAAGAAAAAUAUAAAGCUCCAGGGCCUAUUAAGUGUAUUAAUUAAGGAUGGUCCAUGUGUGAUCUGAUACAAUAUGGCUUAUAAUUAAUUAUGGGGCUUUAAUUAAAAAUUUACUUUACAUUAAUUUCCUAGAAGAAGAAGAAUAGAACAAAGUCAAGAACAAAGACCAAAAAAUAAAAAAUACAAUUAUUCAGAUCGUGCAGCACUAAAACAUUUUAUUAAAAAAGGGUAAGGGUAAAAGAUCUUGACAAAGUAAUUGUGAUGUCAAAUGAAUAUUGCCUUACUGUCAAGUUUAAUAAUGGAAACCCUACAUUAUUUCUGUUUUCAGACUGAAUACAGGCUCAUGUCUUGUGGCCCUCAAACAUAAUGUACUGGAUUUGAUUAGCCUGUGCUAUUAUGAGUGCUUCUUUCUUACUCUGUUGAUAGCUGUUCCCUCACAUGAACCCAGGGUGAACACAGAGUGGACUGAACCUCACCGUAAACAUGUUUUUAUAAACUGAACUUCAGAUGAGGACAGUGAACCUGACUCAAGAAGAAAAGACUUGACUCUGAGUUAUUGUUUAUUUAAGGGUAACUGAAGAAGCCUAACAAUAAGCCAAAGUAUUUCAAGUAUCAGAUAUAAUUAAAGGGGCACUAUGUAAUUUUGCUGGUGGAGCUUCAACCACCUGCUCAUCUCAUCUAUCUGUAGGUGACCACCAAAAAGGAAGAGAAAUAAAGCUACUUAGUGCACCUUUAAGUAGCUGUUUUUAAAAUCUUUUUGGAAAUUUAAAUCAUGUUAUAAUGCUGGGGCAACUGUGUGCCAGAGCAAUCAUCUUUUAACAGUUUGCAUAUGACAUCUUGCCACUGUGUUUUUGAGCAAAACACUUCACCCACCUCGCUAAAGC